CCCUCUUAAAACAUAGAAUUGCUUUAUCCAUUGUUGAAGACAUUCUCCUCUCACUGAACCAGAUAAUUUCUUCUGCCUCUAAUAUCUUACUUGGUUUUUGGAGUAUGGCUUCAAUACACUUCCUCAUUCCUUCUUCAACCCAUAAUUCUUCUUCGCUUCCUUCACUAUGCUUCUCCCAAACCCACUUCAACUCAAUCAAAUGCAAACAACGUUUCUCAUUUCCUUCCCUAAAUACAAACCUCGCAACUUUACCCUUUUCAUCCACUCAACGCCACAUUACUAAAGCCUCUGACUACAAAUUCCCUGACCCAAUUCCUCAAUUUGCAGAUUCCGAGACGGAAAAAUUCAAAAACCACCUUCUCAAUAAGCUUUCAAAGAAAGAUAUUUAUGAAGAAUCAGUUGAAGAAGUUGUUGGAGUUUGCACCGAGAUUUUCAGCACGUUCUUACAUUCCGAGUAUGGAGGUCCUGGUACACUCUUGGUUGAUCCUUUCAUCGACAUGGCUGAUGUUGUAAACGAACGAGGAUUGCCUGGAGGACCGCAAGCUGCACGUGUCGCUGUCAAGUGGGCCCAAGCUCAUGUUGACAAGGACUGGAAUGAAUGGACAGGUGGUCAUAGCAACUAAUAGAGUAUAUAUGUUGUUGUAUGUUAAGCACUUAGUACUGUAGCAACUGUGGUGCAAUGGUGCUUAUGUUGUAAGAGCUAAAUGAACAGUUUUGAUAUUUAUGAUCUCUAUGCCUAAGUUUAGAGUGAUUGUAGGGGAAAGUGCUUGUAGAAGAGUUAAUUAUUUGCUUAUUAUGAGAAAGUAGAGCUUGAAGCAUUUGGCACAGA